AUGUCGCAGCGUGACAGCGAUCAUAAUCAGUCUUCUUCCAAUACCCUUACUCCUGCCGCUACUGCUAUCACAGCUAGUAAACCGGCUACUACCACCGACACCACCACCGCGAUCGACCCUUUUGCCUUUCUCUUUCAACCCAUGGCCGAUUAUGGAUGCAGUAUUCUCGACGUGCCUCCUGCACAGUUACAGCAGCAACUAGAGAAGUUCGAGGACCCUGUCACACUCGGAUCCUACCUGCAAGACCUCACCAACAUCUCGUCUCAUGUCGAGCACUAUCCUACCACCACAAUGUCCACUAUGGAACUCCUCCACUAUUCCUUGCCAGCAGCACCAGAGCCAACAACAGUGACUGGAGCAGAAAUGCCAAUGUCACUUAUGAUGGACGAUCCCAAUAAGGUCACAUCCAUGUCAUCACAGCAGCAGUAUCAACAACAACAACAACAACAAUUUCAGCCAAAUGAAGCUGUGCCAUCCAUUUCUGCAAGCAACGAAAAAGCCGGCUCUCUUUGCUCCCUGUUGAAGUAUUUUCCGGACUUGACCAAAUUCAUGGGUCACAACUACUUUGAAAGCUUUGUCAAACUGUGGUUCUCUUUUCAAAAGUGUAUCUUGCUUGCUCGCAACGCCGAAUGCCGGACAUGGGUGACACGAGAGCUUUGGUCGAUCACAGAACAUCUCGAUAUGACGGUUGAAAAGAUCAUGAAUGAGCGAAAGCAAAUGGAACCACAAUAUCACCAACACGAAGACUGUGAACAGCAAACACCCUUUCUCAUUUACGCUCUUCAAUCACUCAAGGACCGUGUCGAGGUGAUGCACCGUGUCAUGCUGAUUAUUGAAACUGCUCGUAUACAGUACAACCAAGAUCCCGUCAGUGCUAUCAUACCGAUCCUUCAUCGUAUUAUUGAGAAACGACAGAACGAGAAGCAGCAGCAAGGGUUACUAUUGCAACAACAGCAGCUCCACCAAUUGCAACAGCAGCAUCGAUCCAGCGAACAGAAACAAGGACAACAGGUUUCUGACAUGAUGACGAUGAUACUGGCCGACAGCACCGGCAGCAGCAGCAGUGGUGGUACUACGUUUAUGCAGCAAGAUUAUCAGCAACAGCAACUACAACAAGGGUCCGCUUUUAAUGAUCCGACAAUGUUUGUACAACCACAGCAUGAUUACCAACAGCAGAUGCAGCAUCAGCACCAGCAAGAGUUCUAUCAGAAUCCGGCCAUGGCUGCGAUGAUGUUACAGAGCAACAACAACCGUAAUGUUUACUGCGUUCACCCGUCCACAUUAAUGCAGCCUUGGCCGACACCGUCUGCAAGUUCAGGGGGGUAUACCAUCAUGCCACCCACUACACCGGAACAUCAACAAGAGCAGCUGCUCUUUACCAUGAACAAUAGCGACUUUACAGCAACCAGCAGCACUAUGUCGUCACUCUCAUCUUCUUGUUCACUGCCUCCACACGAAGGUUUUGAGUUUCUUCCGUCGUCAGUCGCUUCGAUGUCGGCCCAUGCAACAGUAAGGACACAUCAACCAUUCACGCCACCCGAUGCUUUCCACGCCAUGAAAGCUGAUCAGCAACAACAACAACAGCAACUCGAUUUGCAACAAGGAUUGUCAGCCUUACAAAUUAGCGACAUUACCAAAGGACAACAAUACAACCGCCAACAACAAGAUCUCCUGCAAGAGAACGAGCUUGACAACAAGCAAGAGCAACAAGGCAGUACAUUAUGUUUGGGAUCAUCAAGCGUAGACGGCGACGAAGAGCAAGAUCAAGUCAACGACGACGAUGACAAAGACGCUGACUAUUGCGAAGAAGAAGAGGGUGAGACGGAAUCGGAUGAUGAAGAGAUGGAAGAUAUAGAUGACGACGAUGACGAUGACUAUGUGGAGCCAACAUCGGCAGCAGCAAAAGCAAAAGCAGCAACAGCAGCAGCACGUCGUCAUAGAAACAACAGCCGUCGUCCCGGCAACAACAACAAUAGCAGCCGUUCUACUACUGUUAAAAUCGAACCAUCAUUGUCAUCAUCCCGUGCCACCAUCAGAAAACCAGUACAACAACAACAACAGCAAGCACGUCGUCCACGUGCUCCACGAACCUACACAAGACGCACUGCUACCUCCUAUGACGCCGAGACGACCCACUACUUGAAAUCCGUGUUCUUUAGCAUCUACAGUAAAAAGGACAAGCUGACCAAGGAGCAACGCAAACAAGUUCAAACACACACCGGAUUGAAGCCUCGCAACAUUACGUACUGGUUCUCCAAUCACAAGCGCCGGUUUCAAAACUCAUUGUAUGUGUUUAAGCAGACGGUGCGUGAAAGCCAAGGCAAGGUCGUGACCUAUGAUGAUUUCUUGAGCUGGCGUCGCCAGCAUGGAUUGCCUGAAGAUGUCCCGGAUAGCGAAGUGGCUGACAGUGGAAUUAGCUUUGAUGAAGGAUGCUGGUCAUCCCCAUCUUCCACCAACAGUAAAAACACCAUCAAAAGUGGAGAUGAAGAAGAACAAGAACAAGCGUUGUUGUUGGAGGAAGAAGAUCAAAAACAACAGAAUAGUGACAGCGCGAUUUCUUGUUUGCAAUCACCGGCUGAUGCUACAGCCGCUUAA